AUGUUAGAAGGGACGCGCCGGUGGUUCAGGCGCAAUCGCACCAGGUUCGCUGUUGGGGCAGGCACGCUAGGACUGGUCUACCUGGCCGGUCAAUAUGCCUGGAGCAAAUGGCUCGAGGCACGCCAGCGCAUGGCCGACGAGAGGAUCUCCAAAGAGAACCUCCGCCGCCGCUUCGAGCAGAACCAGGAGGACUGCACCUACACCGUGCUAGCCUUACUCCCUACAAUCCGUGAAGAGAUUAUCGGUGCUCUACCCGUCGAAGACAUCACCAAUGAACUGCAACGCCAGCGAUCAGAGAAGCUGGCAAAGAGUGCUGGCCCUUCAGAAGCAGCCUCGUCCGACUUCCCCUCGGCACCGCCCAGCACAAUCGAUGACUCUGCCAGCAUGUCUAGCUUCCAGACUGGCAGCUACAUUCAUGCCAGUCAGAUGGGCGACAGUCAGGACGCCAGGUCGGUCUUGAAGAAANAGUCAAAGGCACAGCUCUGGAACGACAUGAAGAUUAGCUCUAUUACAAGAGCCCUGACUCUUCUAUAUACCCUCUCGCUCCUCACUCUCCUCACCCGUAUCCAGCUGAACCUCCUUGGCCGUCGCACAUACCUCUCAUCAGUCGUCUCGCUCGCCAAUCCUCCAAACCCCUCGGAUCCUACUCACAUCUCCAUGGAGAACAACGAUGACGACAACUACGAUAACGUUUACGGCAACGACUUUGAAACAAACCGCAAAUACUUGACCUUCAGCUGGUGGUUGUUACACAAGGGCACUAAAGACAUUGUCGAGAAGGUCGGCGCCGCUGUCAAGGAUGUUUUCGGUCCCAUCAACCCGCGCGAGGAUAUGACACUGGAACGUCUGAGCGAGCUCAUUCUUGAAGUCCGUAAGAAGGUCGAGGGUGCCACUGAGGCCGAGCGUCGCGAGCAUAGGUGGCUGUCGUACAUGCUUCCUCCUCGCGACCAGGAGGAUCAUGUCCUGUCCGAAUCUGGUAUCGACGCCAUGUCUGCAUCACCCGCACCGCAAGAGACGUCGCAAGACCCCAUGCAUGCAGCCAACUCAGCGUCUUCGAAUGCCUCUCUUCGCAGGCUACUUGAUGAGACAUCGGAUCUCAUCGACUCACCAACAUUCACCCACGUCUUUACACAAGUCCUCAACGCCACCUUCUCCCACCUCAUCGAUUAUCGCGUCGCAACCGAAGCCUUCAAGAUCAGCCCUCCAGUACCCGACUCUCUAUUACGCAUCACUGAGAUCAGCGACAAGAAAUGCAAGUUUGCUCAGACUCUUGCCGUCUUUUGUCGCCAAGCCCAUGUCAUCGCUGCUGGUAGCAGUGAGCCUGAUGAUCUUGUAGUUGCCGAGUCCGUCGGCUCUCAGGUCAACGAGUACCUUGGUGCUAUCGACCAAGUCAAGGACCUCGAGGCUUUUGCUGCUGUCAUUUACUCCAGCAACUUUGAAUUCGAGGCCGCUGAACAACAGCAAAACGAUGUCAAACAUGCAGCUCCUGCUGGGUCGGUCGAUGCGCCUGUCUUAUCAGCACCAACUCAAGCCGCAGAGACACCUGCACAAGCAUCUGCAGGUGCAUUGUCUAUUGAGGAAAUGGAUCACGUGUGGAGUCGAAGCCAGGCCGAAGGUCCAUCGGCACCCUAUGCCCCGACCUACAGUGAAGUGGUCCAAGCUCCCGCACCCGAAUCGUCANUCCUCAGAACAUUCCGAAGUACCGCAAACAGUUCAGCAAGACACACAGACCUCAGAACAACCGAAAACCUACGCAAUGGCGGCCGCAGCAGCGUCAACAAUUCCCCGCUCACCCUCAUCGUCGCCACCACGGCCAAAAAUGGCAUCGGCAAGAAUGGAACUUUGCCUUGGCCGAUGCUAAAGAAGGAAAUGGCCUACUUCGCCCGCGUCACCAAGCGUAUUCCUGGAGCAGCAUCCAUGCCCGACACCUCCAUGCUAGCCGAGACUUCGUCUCAACUCUCUGACUCUUCAGAAGUAGCGGCAACAGCAAACAUUCAACCACCCCAAAACAUCGUCGUCAUGGGCCGCAAGACUUGGGAGAGCAUACCUCCCAAAUUCCGCCCCUUGCCGCAGAGAACCAAUGUAGUCAUUUCCCGAUCAGAGACUCUUGAGGGUGUAGGCGACGAUGUCGUCGUGGGUGAUAGUAUCUCAUCUGCUCUUUCGUCUCUCACCGCAAAGGUCAAGGAGGGCAAAGCAGCACCUUUGGGUCGUGUAUUCGUCAUUGGCGGCGCUGCCAUCUACAAGCAAGCGCUAGAGAUGGACCAAGCGAAGAGUAUCUUGCUCACCAGAGUUGAGGGAGAGUGGGAUUGUGACACUGGUUUCCCGGUUGAUGUCGAAGCCGAGCAAGAGUGGACGAGACGGCAGAAGGAGNAUUUGGAUGCAUUUGCUGGCGAAGACGUGCAGGAGGUUCAGGAGGAGGAAGUCAAGGGCGACAAGGUCAGAUAUGAGUUUAGACUCUAUGAGAGGAUGUGA